AUGUCUGGCAUUGGCCUCGGUGGCUGCGACCCCUCGCUGCCGGCACUUGUCGUCUGCUCGAUUCGCGAACUCCAGCCAGGCAAUGGGCGUAAAGAGCGCAACCUGCAAGCGAGGGCCGUCAGGCACAUCAGCGUGCGACAGUUGGGUCGGUCUCUGCAUUAUCGCACAGGCCAAUAUGCGCAAGGCAUGCAGGGUGAUGCGCCGAGUCCCCUCCAUCCCGUCGCGAAUGCCAAUGGCAGCCCAGCACACGGCAUGACCACUCAGGUUGCCACCAACCGCCAGCAGCGUGCGCUAGGAGUCGCUUGUGCGCAGGCACGUCGUCUGGCCAAGGUGGUGGUGCAGGUGGUGGGCGCUGGUACCCCUACCUGA